ACUGAACAACGAAGACUGAACAACGAAGACUGAACAACGAAGACUGAACAACGAAGAUGGCGCCCGCGGUCUUGCAAGUCAUUGUGUCUACGCCAUGGCUUCUCACCUCAUUCUUCCUCGGUUUUCUCAAGGCUCUACUUCCACAUACCAGACCUGCCCCGGAAUGGAGCAUCAACCAAGCCGUUAGGGUCCGUCUUGUGCGGCUUAUCCUGCAGUAUUGGUCCCUGCUGAGAGUCGGAGACAGCAUGACUCUGAAGCCUGGGCAAGAACGAGACCGCUUCAAGGUCGUGACGCCCCGCUCGCCAAAGCUAUACCAAGGCCAGCUUUAUGACAAGGAAAUCACACCCAAGCCGGUGGGCGUGACAUGGACGCCAGCAGAGCCUGCGUCUCGCGCGGGCAUCAUGGUGGCCUUGCACUUUCACGGAGGGGCCUUCGUGAUCGGCAGUGGACGAGAUCAUGACACGGGCUUCUUUGCCAAGGCAUUCACCAAGAACAUGGGAUGUACGCAUGUCUGCACGCCCCAAUAUCGACUGUCCAGCCACCCGCACUCGUGGUUCCCAGCGCAGCUCCAGGACGCGGUGACGUCCUACAUCCACCUAUUGCGCGAUUGCAGCAUCCCACCAGAGCAAAUCAUCAUCUCGGGCGACUCUGCGGGCGGCAACCUCGUGCUCGGGCUGAUGCGUUACAUUCACGAAUUCGGCGGCGAGCUGGACAUUCCCGCCCCAGCAGGUGUCGCGCUGUGGUCGCCAUGGGUCGAUGUUGAGGCUGCGCUCCACCAGGACAUGGCGCUGUCGCCCAACUAUGGCACCGACUACCUCAAUCGCAACUUUGGCUAUUGGGGCGCGUCCACCGUGACGAACGACGGCAAGAUUGAUCCCGCAGGACCGUACCUCUCGCCGCUGCACCACCCUUUCAAGAUAGACGUCCCGAUGUACGUCAAUGCUGGCAGCCGCGAGGUGCUGUACGAGGACAUUUGCGAGCUGGCCCUGCGGUACCGCGACGCAGGCUGCAAGGUUAGCCUCGACGUCAGUGAGGGUUGUCCGCAUGACUUCCUCCUGCUGGGCCCUCGCAUGGGCUUUACGCAGGCGGGUCACAUGGCAGCACGCAAGGCAAACCGCUUUUUUCACCGGGAGGGAUCUCAAGGGCACCCGUACGUUAUUGAGCGGGCAAAAAUGUCUUCGCCACCUUCAUACGACGCCAUCAUUGUUGGCGCUGGGAUAUCUGGCAUCAACGCAGCAUAUCGACUACAAAGCGCCUCUCUCACAUACACCAUCCUAGAGGCACGUUCAAGCCUCGGCAUCCGGUGUGAUUCAGACAUCUACUCGUUUGGAUUUACCUGGAGUCCCUGGACAAAAGAAGAAGUGAUGCCGAGCGGCCAGCAAAUCAAGGAGUACGUCACACGCUCUGCGCAUGAGCAAGGAAUCGAUCAGCACAUGCGGUUCAAGCACGCCGUCACCAAAGCCAACUGGAACGGGGAGACGAAAAUGUGGGAGGUGCACGCUGCCGUGAAAGGCGAGGAAGAGACACUGCUGUUCACUAGUCGCUUCCUGUUCUUGGGCACGGGUUAUUACGACUACGACACCCCUCUGCAGACAACAAUCCCCGGAAUCGACAAGUUCGGGGGCAAAGUGAUCCACCCUCAGUUCUGGCCCAAAGAUUACGACUACACCGACAAGGAGGUUGUCGUCAUUGGCAGCGGAGCCACGGCUGUCACAGUCUUGCCUGCCAUGACGGACAAAGCAAAGAGAGUCACGAUGCUGCAGAGGAGCCCUACGUACAUCAUGACACGACGGAACAAGUCGCCUCUCCAGAACGCGCUCUUUGCCUUCUUGCCUACCAUGUUUGCCCAUUUUCUCAACCGCAUGUUCUACAUCUUGACGAGCAUUCUCACCACGUGGUUCUGUCGAACAUUCCCUGGUGCUGCAAAGGCCCUGGUCCGCAGCUUGACUGUCUCACAACUGCCACCGUCCAUCAAGCACGACCCUCACUUCAAGCCGCGGUAUAACCCAUGGGAGCAGCGUUUCUGCGCAAGCAUGGAUGGCGACUUUUUCCAGGCAUUGCGGGGAGGCAAGGCGGAUAUUGUGACGGACACCAUCAAGCAGGUCACGGAGAAGAGCAUCGAGCUCGAGUCGGGUGCCUCCUUACACCCCGACGUGAUCGUCACUGCUACAGGCCUGAAACUCAAGUUCGGCGGCGGCGUCAGCAUGUCGGUCGAUGGCAAGCCAAUCAAUCUCUCUGAGAUGUUCGCCUGGAAGUCGGCUAUGAUCCAGGACGUGCCCAACAUGCUGUUCCUGACGGGCUACGAAACUGCGUCGUGGACGCUGGGUGCUGAUGUCAACAUGCACAUGUUUUUGCAUCUGCUGCGGGAGAUGAAGAAGAGGAACGCACAGGUAGCUGUGCCGAGGGUGUCCAAGCCGAUGAAGGAGGUGUCCAUGAUGAAACUCAAGUCUACGUACUUCAAGGUGGGCGGGCAUGUGUUCCCCAAAGGUGGCCAGGGGCAGUGGGAGCCCAAGGCCGACUACCUGACGGAUCUCGCUGGUGCGAAAUGGGGGGAUGUGGUCACCGAUAUGGAGUUUUCGUAGUCACGGUACACGUGAAAUCGAGAAUUGAAGCCUUAUCAUUCUAUAUCUUUCUGAGUUUAAUCACAUGUGCGGGACGAACACUAGCUUGAAUCUUCAUCUAUCAUGUGGCGACAGGAAAUGACUACGGAUCUGCCCGUCUAGUUGCAAGAGCAUCGAAUAAAGUUGCUACAAGAAACUAAUUAGAUCCGGACUUGCAGCAGACCCUCGCCCAUCAUGAUCGGGGCCC